AUGAGGCCGCCGUCGCCGCUGAUGCUGCUGCUGCAGGGCCGGGGCCUAAGCACGGCCCCGGGCCCGGCCCCUGGCCCCGCACCUGGCCCCGAACGCCUGGGUCUCUUCGAGGAGCUGUGGGCGGCCCAGGCCGAGCGGGUGGCGGCCCGCCAGAGCCGGCCGGUCCGCGUGGCGCUGCCCGGGGGCCGGGUGCUGGACGCGCAGUCCUGGCGCACCACCCCCUACCAGCUGGCCCUGCGGAUCAGCCCGGAGCUGGCGGGCAGAGCGGCGGCCGCGCGGGUGAACGGGGUCCCCCAUGACCUGGACCGGCCCCUGGAGGGUGACGCCGACCUCGAUUUCCUGACCUUCGACUCCCCCGAGGGGCGGGCGGUGUUGCGGCGCUCCAGCGCCCUGGUCCUGGGGGCGGCCUUGGAGCGGGUCCUGGGUGCCGUCCUCGCCCCCGGUCGCGACCCCGAUCCCGCCCCCGCUGUCCAGGGGGGCUUCUGCCGGGACGUGUGGCUGGGCCAGCGGGGCUCCGUACGGAGCGCGGACCUGCCCGUCCUGGAGGAGGCCUGCCGGCGCCUGCUGGCCCAAGAGGUGCCCAUCCGCAGGCUGGACGCCCCCCGGCACCACCUGCGCCAGCUCUUUAAGGAUGACCCGUUCAAACUGCAGCUGCUGGAGGAGGGGGCGGCCCCGACGGCCACGGUAUACGGGUGCGGAUCGCUGGUAGAGCUCUGCGGGGGUCCCCACCUGCGGCACACCGGGCUGGUGGCGGCGCUCAGGCUGCUGGAGACGGGGUCCGUGGCGGCUCCGGGGCCGCGGGAGCUGCGGCGCGUGUCCGGCGUCUCCUUCCCCACGGCCGAGGGGCUGCGGGCCUGGGAGCGCCAGCGGGACGAAGCCAAGAGCAGAGACCACCGCCACAUCGGCAAGGAGCAGGAACUCUUCUUCUUCCACGAGCUGAGCCCGGGGGGCUGCUUCUUCCUGCCCCGCGGGACGCGGGUCUACAACGCCCUCGUGGCCUUCAUCCGGAGCGAGUACGCCCGGCGCGGCUUCGAGGAGGUGCAGACCCCGACGCUGUUCUGCACCCGGCUGUGGGAGCGGUCGGGACACUGGGAUCGCUUCCGGGACAGCAUGUUCGCGCUGGCCCCCCCCCGCGACCCCACCUCCCCCGACGCCACGGCCCCCCCAGACUCCCUCGCCCUCAAGCCCAUGAACUGCCCCGCUCACUGCCUGCUGUUCGCGCACCGAGCGCGGUCCUGGACGGAGCCGCUGCGCCUGGCCGAGUUCGGGGUCCUGCACCGCCACGAGGCCUCGGGGACCCUCGGGGGGCUCACCAGGCUGCGCCGCUUCCAGCAGGACGACGCACACAUCUUCUGCGCCCCGGAACAGCUGGAGGCGGAGGUCCGCGGCUGCCUCGACUUCAUCCGCUCCGUCUACACCGUCCUGGGCUUCUCCUUCCGCCUGGCGCUGUCCACGCGACCCCCGGGCUUCCUGGGGGACCCGGACCUCUGGGACCGGGCGGAGCAGGUCGGCGGCGGGGGACGGGAAGACCUGGAGGAUUUCGGGGAGCCCUGGGAGUUGAACCGGGACGGCGCCUUCUACGGACCCAAGAUCGACGUCCACGUCCGCGACGCCCUCGGCCGCCCCCACCAGUGCGGCACCGUCCAGCUGGACUUCCAGAUGCCCCUACGCUUCGACCUCCGGUACACGGGGCGGGCCGGGACCCCCGAGAGGCCGGUGCUGGUCCACCGGGCCGUGCUGGGCUCCGUGGAGCGGACCAUGGCCGUGCUGGCCGAGAGCUGCGGGGGAAAAUGGCCGCUGUGGCUGUCCCCGCUGCAGGCCGUCGUGAUCCCCGUGGGACCCAAGCAGGAGGCCUACGCCCGCGAGGUCCGACGGGCCCUGCGGCCGGCCGGCUGGCCGCCGACUCGGACCCGGACCCGACCCGCACCUUUGGCUACAGGUCCGCCGGGCCCAGCUGACGGCUACAACUUCCAGCUCGCGGUCGGGCCGACGGAGGAGUCUCGGGGCACCGUCAACGUCCGGACCCGGGAGAACCGGCGGCUGGGGGAGCGGACCCUGCGGGCCGCGGUGGAGCGGCUGCGGGAGCUGCAGGACGCCAGGGUCCCCAACGCCGAGGAGCUCUUCUGA